AUGCUGCUGGCUCUGGCCCGAACCGGGCGGAGGAAGCCGGCGAGGGCGGAGGCGGCGGCGGCAAAGGAGGAGGUCGCGGCUGCAGGCGCCGCUGGAGCUACCGCCUCAGCUGCUGCGGCGAUCGCCGCUGGAGAAGCCCGGGCCCGGGCGGGAGUCCGAGCUGGAGUCGGGGCCGUAGCCCGAGCGGGAGCCGAGGCCGGGACCGCCCUCGCCGCCGCUGCUGUCCCAGUGGGAGCCCUCGUGGGGCUCGGGAGUGCUGGGAACCGGCUGAGCCGAGCAGGACGCCGGGCGAGGCUGCCGGUGGCGAUCAGGGAGCGCGGGUGUCGGGGGGCCAGGUCCAGGGCCGGACGCAGCCAGCCAUUCAGGAAGGCAGCGCUGGAGAGCGGGAGGCAGCCGGCGAGGAAGAUCACACACUUUGCUCUUUUUGUUGUGCCGGUGGCGCCGGGCUCUCGCUGCCUUCUUCUUUCAAGAGGUGACGGAAGGGGGAGAAAAAUACAAGAUAAUUCACGCCGGCGACGAAUUCACAGCGAAAUAGAAAAAAAUAAAAAUCAGAAGAAAAUAAUUGCAAAAAAAAGGAAAAAGAAAAAGCAAGAGAGACAUCCAAAGCAGGGAUUCAGAAACGGAAAUACCAUCACCUUCCAGCCAAACUGUUGUGAGGACCGAUUGCAGGGGAAUUGGGGCUCCAGAUGUUGCACCAGAGUCGCUGCAAGUGUGAGCAGGGAAAAACAGUGAAGCCACAUCAGCCUGGAAGCUCCUCAUACAUCGAUAAGACAGUGUGUCUUCUAGAGCCUAUGAACUGCUUCCAGAACUUGGGGGACAGCCAGUGAAUUUCUGCUUCAAAUCACCUCUCACUGGAAAUAGAACCAUUGGAGAAUCAUCUUGUUACCUUCAGUGAAGGAAACAAAUCAAGGCACUGAGAAUGCCACAGCGGUGGGCAGCCACACCAGCUUUGCGGAGGAAGUUUUCAAGACAGUGCAGUUCAUGAGCCAGAAACCAGCAAAGACUGAACCCAUCCUUUUCGUUUCAGCUGCUCCUUAAAUUAAUGCAACCCCUUCAAAUUAAUGUGAAUUGAAACAUGCAUUGCCUUUCAACUUAAUUGAGUACUUACUAUGUGUGAAUCACUGCACAAAAUAGGGGAGAGAAAUAGAGGGAGACAAAUAAGAUGUGGAGCCUGCCUUCAAUGAAUUUACAAUUAGUUUCAGGAUGCUUAUUUUUUUCUUCUGCUCUUAAUUAGGUGUGUCCCCAAGACAAGAAACAAAUGAGUGGAAAAGUGUAUUCUGUAAGUAUUUAAAGUCCCAUUAAUGAAAAACAAAAUUAAACAAAUUAUAACAACACAACAAACUCAUGUGGGCUACUCAGGACAUUUUAAUUUCAUUUUUUUUUUGGUUCAACUUUUGAUGAAUAAAUUCUAUUUUAUUUUA